GCAGUGAAGCGGCGCAAACCUAACCGGAACUCCCGAGCGGUGGAUAUCUCCAGAGACAACUGGUGCUAAACUCCGGAGACCAGAGUCUUAACUCUGAAUGCAGAGAGCGCCACAUGGAGGCGGUGCUAAAAAAUUUUGUUAGCACGGUGGAGCUACUGGCUGUGGCAGCUCACAGUGGCAUGGUGAAGCAGUGGGAUGAGCAAACUCUGUCCAGAGCAUUUCACUGGGCCAAGUACUGCGAGCACAUCUAUUCCAGGUUUCACAAUAACCCCGCCAUAAGAGGAGUCAUGGAGAAUCAGCUACACAUCACGAAUCGAAAUCUGCGAGAUGUUAUCCCUGGAUAUUCUGAUGUUUCCUUUUCGGACCUUCCCCGCUUCCAGCACUUGUUGCUCGUCGGGUUGUUGAACAAUCCCAACUUGCCCAGCACCAUCAUGAAGAUACUCUUUGACAAAAAGAUCCCAGUUAACGUUAUGGACAAUGAGUAUGAGGAUAUCACAGGCUUCUGCAGCCACAUUGUUCAAUGCAAAUCAGUUUGUAAAGUCCUGCGUCCCCUUUCAAGCCUUUCAGCUGUUGGUGUUGAUGCUGAGAUGCAGGGGGAGAUGCUUAUGAAGAAGUUGGAUGCCCUGCUGAGCCAAGGCAAUGACCUCAGCCAAGCAGAGGAUUUUUUAUACUCACUCCACCAGUUAUUUGAAGGAGCAGCACCACAUUUUAGUCUAGUCAUUGCUUCAGCACUGCUAACAACUGAAGACUUUGCUGCACAAACUUCUUCACAAGGUUUUCUCUUGGACUGGCUUCAGAAUCAACACAGUGUGCUGCAACACAUGUGUUCUAUGCUUCCUUCUACACUUCUUAAAGAUCUUUCAAAAAGACAUAAGAAAUUUAGAGAUGCAUACUAUUGUGUGCUGAAAAAGUGUGCCUCAGAGAUGGAGUACAGUAUAAGUGACGGUGAAUGGGUUCAAACUGGCACAACCUCCACAGUGUCCUUCCAGAAGAUGGCUGAGCAUUUUUUGGCGUUGUUUGAGGCCUGUCCUUCUUUGAAGAGGAGUACAGAAGAUGAGCUAAAUGCUUUGAAGAUUUCUGAUGGAGACUUUGAUGUAAGAGGUUUGAGUGUGUGGGGAGACCUUUUGUCAGAAUUAAGCAAGUGACUGUCAGUUUUGAGGCUUCUUGAGACCAUGAUAACAGAUGCAUGUUCACUAUUUGUGUCCAAUAUUUUUUUUAUAUAAAAAGAAAUGAUAAACAAGUAAAAGUUUUCAUAUUUUUUAUGGAUAUGGUCAUAAUAUUCUUUACUUCAAGGUGUUGCAGUUAUAACUUAGACAGUUAAAAUCUAGAUUUAAUGUGAGCUUAUUCACUGUUUCAUGAGUUAAGGCAACAUUUAAGAACUUUUUUCCUUUUGUAAUAUUUAUAACAGAGGAAUAACUAAGUAUUGUUUAUUAGCAUUAAUAUCAAAGCAUCUCUGAAUAUGUUUGUGUUUUACAGACUGAUCUUUUUCAUUGUAUAUAAAAGACCUGUAUGUUCUGUAUGGAAAAUGAAUGACCAUUUCCAUUUUGUGGCUCUGGUAAGACUUUAAAUAUUAAACACUCAAUUCUUUUGCUUUCA